AUGGGAAACCACAUAGUCCUCUUCACGUUUGAUAAUAAGAAUGAAGUGGACUCCAUUCUUUCAAAUGAACCUUGGAGCUUUGACAAGCACCUUUUGGUGUUGCAACAUUAUGACAAGGAUGAGCCAAUUGAGGAUUUGAAAUUUAAUAGUACAACGUUUUGGGUCCAAGUACAUGACAUCCCAGUGCGUUUCAUGAAUCCAAAGGUGGCGGAAGGGAUUUGUAGUACUGUGGGCACGGUUGUCCGGAAGCUUGAAACGGAGAUGCAUGGAGGGAGUUUCAUGAGGGUAAGAGUCAAUGUGGAUGUCACUCGUCCACUAAGUCGAGGAAGAAUGGUAUCAGUCGGCCAAAGUAGAGAAAAGUGGGUCUCUUUCAAGUAUGAGCACCUACCUAAUAUUUGCUAUUGGUGCGGCUGUCUUAAUCAUGAUGAUAGGGACUGUGAGGUGUGGCUUGAUAGUGAAGGCUCCCUAAAAGCUGAAGAACAAAAAUUUGGCCCUUGGCUUCGUGCUCCACCUGUAAGUCGAGUACAAAAAAAACGUAAUCACAAUGCCUGGAAUUUUUCACAACAAGAAAGGGAGCACGUCUACUCCAAGAGCUCUGGUUCAGCCAAGGUUGGUCCGUUGGAGAAUGAAUUAAAGAAAGUGGCAGGUGAAGUAAAGAGGGUUGAUGAGCCACCUGUAGGGGAACGGUCAGCCAACUUACCAGGAAUUAAUUCGCAUUUAUUCCAUUCCAAUAAUGACCCGGAUCAAGUGAUGAAAUUAAGGGAAUCGGUGCAAAAGGAAACUUUCCUUUCUGAGCUUGCUGAAAUGAAUGUGGGGCUAUCUAAAUUAAAGGCCGAUCCAAAUACAGCUACUGACUCAUUGAUUGCAGUAACUCCAAUCAAGGUGCACGUGAAUUGUGAGGAAGUAAAGGAGGCGGCUAGGGUUUCUCAAGUCUUAGAGGGUGUCAAUCAUGCAUUCCCACGUGCAGAAAGUAAUGAAGCACAAAAUAGUUCAUCUCCACGACAACAAAGGUCAUGGAAAAGGUUGAACAAAGCAGGUGGACCCAGCAAGCAGACCGGAAAAUCUAGCACUACUGAGUCUGUGCUAUCAACCAAAAGAGAGUGUGAGGAUCUAUCCAAUCCCAAUGGUUUACCAAUUCCUAGUGGCCAUAGAGGUGGUGGUUUGGUGUUGCUGUGGAAGGAAGAUUUUCGAGUCUCAGUCGAAGAUUCAUCAAAGUAUUGUAUUGAUGCACUUAUUGAGAAAAACACACCUCAAGAAUGGCGGUUCACAGGUUUCUAUGGCGAACCAGUGACACAUAGAAAGCAUGAGGCAUGGACAAAGCUUCGAACCCUUAAUGAUAAGCCACACAUUCCGUGGUUGUGUGCAGGGGACUUCAAUGAAAUUACAAGACAGGAAGAAAAGAGAGGAGGUGUACGACGGGAUAACAGUCAAAUGCAAGCUUUCCGGGAUGUUAUAGAUGAGUGCAGUUUUAUAGAUUUGGGUUUUAUUGGCCUAAAUUUCACUUGGGCAAAGCAUUUCAAUGAUGGACAUUCGAUUUGGGAAAGACUAGACCGUGGAUUAGCAACCAAUUCGUGGUUCUUGCAGUUUCCAAGCACUAAAGUUCACCAUCUACCUUGUCUUUCCUCGGAUCAUUGCCCAUUGUUUAUCAAUCCUUCAGGCAUUGAAAUUCCAUUCUUUAAAAAACCCUUCAGGUUUGAGGAGAUGUGGCUAGUUGAUAGUAGGUGUGGGGAGGUGGUUGAAGCAGCAUGGAGGUCAUGUGUAUCUUUAGAUCCUAAUAAGGAAAUCCUUGAAAAAAUAGAAAAAUGUGGCAGAGACCUAACAUGGUGGAAUUACAAUGUAUUUGGAAAUGUGAGGAGGGAGCUAAAAAAGAAGAGGGAUAUGCUAGUUGAAGAGGAAGCAGUGGCUUUGAGAACUGGAAGCAAUGUACGGAUCAAAGAAUUGCAAAAAGAAAUAAAUGAGUUACUGGACCGAGAAACAAGGAUGUGGAAUCAAUGCUCUCGAAUUCUUUGGCUAAAAAAUGGAGAUGGAAAUACAAAAUUUUUCCAUAGUCGAGCCUCCCACCAGUUUAGGAAAAAAGUGAUAUUGGGGCUGAAUGAUAGUCAUGGAGUUUGGAAGGAAGGACCAAGUGAAGUAGCAGCUAUCCUCAUUCACUACUACAGUGAAUUGUUCACUACCUCAAAUCCGCCCACUCAACAUGAAGCUCUAAGCCACAUUCCUCAAGUGAUCACCGAGGAUAUGAACAGUGAAUUGACUAGUAGUUUUGAGGAAUGGGAAGUACACCAAGCAUUGAAACAAAUGGCACCUAUGAAGGCACCAGGACCAGAUGGAAUGCCCCCCAUGUUUUUUCAGCAUUUUUGGCCCAUGAUUGAAGGUGAUGUUACUCACUCGGUGCUAUCCUGGUUAAAUUCAGGUACUAUCCCACACCCACUGAAUCACACUUUCAUUACUCUAAUCCCAAAAAAGAAAAACCCAAACGUAGUGUCAGAUUAUCGUCCCAUUAGUUUAUGCAAUGUGCUUUACAAAAUUUUUGCUAAAGUCCUUGCCAAUAGACUAAAAAAAUUCCUCAAUUCAGUUAUAAAUGAAAACCAAUCUGCUUUUACAAAAGGCCACCUCAUAUCAGAUAAUAUCCCUAUUGCCUUCGAAACUUUACAUUGCAUGAAAAAUUAUAAUUCAAGUGCACCGGGUUUUAUGGCUUUGAAGCUUGACAUGAGUAAAGCCUAUGAUAGGGUUGAAUGGGUGUUUUUAGAAAAUGUGAUGAGGAAAAUGGGAUUUUCAGAAAGGUGGAUUGGGCUUAUUAUGGUGUGUGUGCGAUCAGUCACCUAUUCUAUACUUGUAAACGGAGAACCAAAGGGUAUGAUUCAUCCCUCAAGAGGACUUAGACAAGGAGAUCCUCUCUCUCCUUUUCUCUUUCUCCUUUGCACCGAGGGCCUUCACGGCCUUAUAAAUAAAGCAGCAAUAAAUGGUGACAUCCACGGAUUCAGUUUAUGCAAAAGAGGACCCAAACUAACACAUUUAUUUUUUGCAGAUGAUAGCCUUCUCUUUUAUAGGGCCAACUCUGAAGAAUGCAGUAAAGUUUUGGAGUUGCUAUCAGCGUAUGAAGAGGUCUCUGGCCAAAAAUUGAAUAGGGAGAAGACAGCCUUAUUCUUCAGCAAAGUAGUUACAGAAGCAAACCGCCAAAUUAUCAAAGGCAUUCUGGGAGUCCGUGAAAUCCAUCACUAUGAAAAAUACUUAGGGCUGCCGUCUUUGACUGGAAGGGGAAAAAAAGCAAGCUUUAAUUAUAUCAAAGAGAGAGUUUGGAGGAAGCUGCAAGGAUGGGAAGGAAAACUCCUUUCCCAAGCUGGAAGGGAGGUGCUUAUUAAGGCAGUCAUUCAAGCAAUACCUACAUAUGCAAUGGGUUGCUUCAAGCUACCUUUGGGGUUGUGCAAUGAACUUGAGUUGAUGGUUAGGAAGUUUUGGUGGGGACAACGAGGGGAGAAGGGAAAGGUUCAUUGGCUAAAAUGGGAUGAAAUGAAAAAAGUUAAAAAGGAAGGGGGUAUGGGCUUUCGUGAUUUAGCCUUACACAAUGACUCCCUCUUGGCCAAACAAGCGUGGAGGUUGUUGGAGGAUAAAACUUCCCUAUUCUACAAGGUUUUCAAACCUCGUUUCUUCCCUAAUUGCACAAUUAUGGAGGCGCCAGAAUCUAGCCGAGGUUCUUAUGCUUGGAAAAGCUUACUUCAAGGAAGAGAUGUGAUUAAAAGGGGUGCAAGUUGGAGAAUAGGUGAUGGGCAGAAGGUUAAGGUGUGGCAUCAUGUUUGGUUACCAUCCACACCACCGGCUAGAAUUUCAUCACCCGUUCUUGAAGGUUGGGAGGAAGCCACAGUUGAUAAACUCAUCAAAGAAGAUUCAAGGACUUGGGAUGAGGAUCUUAUCGAUGGCCUUUUUGUUCCGGGGGAAGCUGCCAUCAUAAAAUCGAUCCCGCUCUCAAGAUUCCGCACUGAAGACAAACUGUUUUGGCCAUGGACUCAAACAGGGAAGUACAGCUGCAAAUCGGGUUACAGAUUUUUAAAGAGUGAAGAUGAAGUUUCAGGGGAGACGGGUGCACUGGCAGAGGACAGAACUUUCUGGCGCAGCAUUUGGGACUUGCGUGUUCCUAACAAGAUAAAAAAUUUCCUGUGGAGAGCAUGUCGUGAGGCAGUCCCAACAAAAGCAAACUUGAAGCGACGCCAUAUUCUGGAAAACGGCAGGUGCGAGCGUUGUAUGAUGGAGGAUGAAACCACAUUACACGCUCUGUGGUCUUGCAGCAAGAACAAGUCUGCCUGGACGUCAUCAGAGUGGAAUGGCUGCCAAAACAUAAACCCAAUUAACUUUAAGGAGCUAUUAUCAUGGAUUUUUAAAAAUCAUGGUAAUCCGGAGCUCUUUGCAAUGGUGAUGUGGAGCUUAUGGAACCAGAGGAAUCAGGUUCAGCUCCAUAAGCCUUGCUGCCCAUCGGACCUGAUUGAAGCACAGGCGAAGGAAAAAUUGGAGGAAUUCAUGGCUACACUCCCAAACAAACCAGCGACCUUACCUCGACAGAGAACGUACUGGAAACCACCUGAUGUGAGAAGUUUCAAAAUUAAUUUCGACGGCGCAAUCUUCAAGCAGGAAAAUAAGAGCGGGAUUGGGGUGGUUAUUCGUGAUCAUACAGGGGCUGUUAUGGCCUCUCUCGCUCAAACCGUUGCACCUGCUAUGCAGCCCAUCGAGAUUGAAGCAGUAGCUGCUGCUCGGGCGCUGGAGUUUGGAGAGGAAAUUGGCAUAACAGAGGCUGUACUUGAAGGUGACUCAGAGUUGGUUAUGAACUCACUUAAAGGAGGAGGACACUCAAUAGCUUCAGUGGAGCCGUUACUGCAUGAUGCCAUGGUUUUCUCUAGUCGUUAUGAAAAAUUGCUAUACUCUCAUUGUAGAAGAGAUGGUAAUAGAUUAGCACAUAGUUUAGCAAGACAUUAUAUUAAUGUCUCAAGCUAUGUAGUUUGGAUGGAGGGAGUCCCCGAUCCACUAGACACAAUUGUUCAACAAGAUGUAGCCAAUAUGGCAAGCUAUUUUUAA